GCAGCUUUUAUAUUUCUCAACGUUGUUUUCUUAUUUCUUAUUAUUCCAAAAACGGAAACGAUAUGAAAUUUGAUUUCUUUUGAUAGACGAAUAUACACGGGUGAGCCCCUCUCUCACUCAUUUUUUAGUUUCUUUCAACUUACACCUUACAUGCUCUUCCUCCUCCACAGGUGAAAGACAAAAUGGGACAAGCCUUAGGCUGUGUUCAAGUGGACCAGUCUAAUGUAGCUAUUAAAGAAACUUUUGGGAAGUAUGAUGAUAUACUUGAACCAGGAUGUCAUUGUGUGCCCUGGUUUAUGGGAAGCCGCUUGGCUGGGCAACUAUCGCUUCGUGUUCAGCAGCUGGAUGUCCGUUGCGAAACAAAGACAAAGGAUAAUGUCUUUGUCACUGUUGUUGCUUCAAUUCAAUACCGUGCUUUAGCAGAGAAGGCUUCUGAUGCUUUCUAUAAGCUCAGCAAUACCAGAGCACAGAUCCAAUCUUAUGUUUUUGAUGUUAUCAGGGCAAGUGUUCCAAAGUUAGACCUGGAUUCAACUUUUGAGCAGAAGAAUGAUAUAGCAAAAGCAGUGGAAGAGGAACUUGAAAAGGCCAUGUCGCAUUAUGGAUUUGAGAUAGUCCAGACGCUUAUUGUUGAUAUUGAACCGGAUGAGCGUGUGAAGAGAGCAAUGAAUGAGAUUAAUGCAGCUUCUAGAAUGAGGGUGGCUACUAACGAAAAAGCUGAAGGAGAGAAGAUUCUGCAGAUUAAGCGAGCUGAAGGAGAUGCAGAGUCCAAAUAUCUGGCAGGGCUUGGCAUAGCUCGGCAGCGCCAAGCAAUUGUUGAUGGGUUGAGGGACAGUGUGCUAGCCUUCUCUACAAACGUACCUGGGACAUCAGCAAAGGAUGUCAUGGACAUGGUUCUAGUGACCCAGUAUUUCGACACAAUGAAAGAGAUUGGUGCAUCCUCAAAGGCCAAUUCAGUUUUCAUUCCUCAUGGACCAGGUGUUGUGAGAGACGUUGCCUCACAGAUUAGGGAUGGUUUUAUUCAGGCAAAUGUCGAUUAGGAGUGAUGUAGGGAUAAGUACAUAACCAUAGUUGGUUUUUGGAUGGACAUAUAGACAUCGUAAGAUUGUUUUAGCGUGUGUAAUCUUUUAUAUGUGGUUCAAAUUUAAGUUGAUGCAUUGUGCGAAUAAAUAAACCUGGAGGGAUAGGUAUCCACCCUCGUAGAUUGUUAUUGAAAGAUAAUAUCGAUAUAAAACAUAUUGAUUUUUUUUCCUUA